AUGGCCUCCUUCUGCCGAGCAGCGGCCCACCUCCGGGCGCCGGUCCGGUUUCGGCGUCUGGGGACGGUGGACCUCGGCGCCUACCCCAUCCGGGAUCCUGGCUCCACAGGUUACCAGGCACUGGUCUCGCAGUGCAAGGGCCUCAUCGCUUCGUCCGGGUACUGCCAGCUGGAUGGCUUCGUACUCCCCGAGACGGUGCGGGCGAUGUGCGCGGAGGCCCGCCAACUGCGGAGUCGGGGCCUCGGCUUCACGUCGACGAACGUCCACAACCUCUUGCUUGAGGCCGAGGAAGAGUCAAGCAGCGCUGCGCCCGCGUCUCCACGGGCCCAGGUCUUCCACAGCAGCAAGACCCUUGUGGCGAUGAGCCACCUCCCCGAAAGCAGCCCCUUGCGGGAGCUCUACGCGGACGAUGCCUUGCGCGAGCUGGUGCGGGAGUGCUUCGGGCUGCCACGCCUCAGCUGCUCUGCGGACCCGCAUGGGGGCGUCUACUACAACUUCUUUGACGAGGGCGAUGCCCUUUGGUGGCAUUGCGAUAGAUCGCACUUCUCCGUGAACCUGAUACUGCAGACGGCGGAGGGUGGGGAUUUCGAAUUCAUCCCGGAGUCCCGGCACCUGGCGGAUGAGAUAGGGACCUGGGCAGAUUUGGAGAAGGAUCUGCAAAGGAGAAAGAGAGUUCCAAAGCUGAACUCUGGGAGCAUCUACCUCUUCGCGGGGAAUGCCUCCUUCCACCGCGUGUCGCCGGUGACGUCUGGCACCCGCAUCAACGCGAUUCUGACGUACAACGUCGAGGAGAACCAGCGCCUGAAUGCGUACACGCUGAAGCAGUUCUUUGGGAUAGACCAGGACACUGGCGGCAACGCAUGA